GCCCGGGGGGCUCCUUCGUGGGCAGCCGCCUGCGCCCCGUGCCGCGGGCCCGGCGGGGCGCCGCUCGCCAUGAAGAAGUUUUCUCGGAUGCCCAAGUCCGACGGGAGCGGUGGCGGCGGUGGCGGCGGCGGCGGGGGAGGGACGGUGUGCGGCGGCUCCGGCGGCGGCUCUGGCGGCGUCGCCCUGGGCAAGGUGUUCGCCGUGGGACGGUACCAGGUCACCGCCGAGGAGCUGCUGGCCGAAGGUGGCUUCUCUACUGUGUUUCUGGUACGUACCCACGGUGGAAUACGUUGCGCACUGAAACGAAUGUAUGUUAACAGUGUGCCAGAUCUCAACAUCUGCAAGAGAGAAAUUACAAUUAUGAAAGAGUUGUCUGGGCACAAGAAUAUUGUUGGUUAUUUGGAUUGUGCUGUUAAUUCUGUAAGUGAUAAUGUUUGGGAGGUACUCAUUCUCAUGGAAUAUUGUCGAGCUGGGCAAGUUGUGAAUCAGAUGAAUCAACGCCUGCAGACAGGCUUUACCGAAUCAGAAGUAAUGAGAAUAUUCUGUGAUACCUGUGAAGCUGUUGCCAGGUUGCAUCAGUGCAAAACUCCUAUAGUGCACCGGGAUCUAAAGGUGGAGAAUAUAUUGUUAAACGAUAGUGGAAACUACGUUCUCUGUGAUUUCGGCAGUGCCACUAACAAAUUUCUAAAUCCUCAAAAAGAUGGUGUUAAUUUGGUUGAGGAAGAAAUUAAAAAGUAUACAACGCUAUCAUACAGAGCUCCUGAAAUGAUAAACCUGUACGGAGGGAAACCAAUUACUACCAAGGCUGAUAUCUGGGCACUUGGCUGCUUGCUGUAUAAACUUUGUUUCUUUUCACUUCCCUUUGGAGAGAGUCAAGUAGCUAUUUGUGACGGAAGCUUUACCGUUCCGGACAAUUCUCGAUAUACUCAUAACAUGCAUUGUUUGAUAAGAUAUAUGCUUGAACCAGAUCAAGAACAGAGACCCGAUAUCUUUCAAGUAUCUUACUUUGCCUUUAAACUUGCCAGAAAGGAUUGUCCAGUGUCCAAUAUUAAUAAUUCUCCUGUCCCCUCAACUCUUCCUGAACCCAUGACAGCUAGUGAGGCAGCUGCUAGAAAAAGCCAAAUAAAAGCAAGAAUAACAGACACCGUUGGACCAACAGAAACCUCAAUUGCACCUCGACAAAGACCAAAGGCCAAUUCAAGCACUGCCACUUCUAGUGUUCUGACGAUCCAGAGUUCAGCAACGCCAGUCAAAGUACAAGUUCCUGGUGAAUUUAGUAAUUGUGGACAUAAAGGAAUUGCCCGACCUGGAAAUGGCCAAGAAAUGUUAUUACCGCAAGGGACCAGUCAGCACCAUCCUCAGCAGAACAGAGUUCUUCAGCAACUGCAGCAGGGGGACUGGAGAUUACAGCAGUUGCACCAUUUACAUCACCAGCAACAGCAGCCUGCAAUUCAGGAUGCUUAUAUGCAGCAGUAUCAACAAGCAAUGCACCAGCAGAUGGUCCAACAGCAGCUGUUGAUGCAAUCUAUGUACCAGCAGCAACCUUCCCAAUCUCAGUAUCCUGCUAUGGUGCAGCAAUAUCAGCAGGCUCUCAUACAGCAGCAGAUGCUUGCUCAGCAGCAACAGCAGUCACAACAGCCACAAUCUCCUGAAUAUAUCACUUCUCCACAAGACUUCUCACCAGCCUUAAUCUCCUACCCUGCAUCACUUCCAGUGCACGUUGGAACAGUGGUGGAUUCUCCGUAUACUGCAAGCAGGUCAGGUAUUGCUGAUGCUGAGGCAAUUUCCAACUACCCAAAGCAGAGCAUCAAUAACCCACCUGAUAUGUCAGGCUGGAAUCCAUUUGGAGAGGACAAUUUUUCCAAGUUGACAGAGGAGGAGCUGCUGGACAGAGAAUUUGACCUGCUAAGAUCAAACAGACUGGUGAACAGGACAACAUCUUCAGAUAAGAAUGUGGAGCCGUACUCUGCUCCACAGAAAAAUCCUCCAGAAGAUCCCUUUGGUUCUGUUCCUUUCAUUUCUCACCCAGGUUCCCCUGGAAAACAAAUGGAUAACUCAGCCAGCAAUCGAGAAAAUAACUUAGGGACCCCUACCAAGGCUGGAAAACAGAGCCAUGCUUUUAGAGAUCCACGGCCAGGGAGAAAAAGUGCAGAGGUACAAGUGAAAGGUGGCGAUGAGUCAGAGAGUGAUUUUGAAUCUGAUCCUCCUUCUCCCAAGAGCAGUGAGGAAGAAGAGGAUCAGGAGGAUGAGGAAGUCUUGCAAGGUGAGAACGGGGACUUCAAUGACGACAACGAUACAGAGCCGGAGAACUUGGGCCACCGGCCUCUCCUCAUGGACUCUGAGGAAGAGGUAGAAGAGGAGGAGGAAGAGAAGCAAAGUUCUGAUUCUGACUCAGAUCGUACCAAGCGAAAAUCUGUGGAAGGGCUCUCCAGCAGUAGAUUUAGAGAGGGCAUUGACAGCAGUGAAAUUAAAGAACCCAGUUUAAUGCUCACUACCCUGUCUGAUGUACCAAGUACUGUAAGCAAGGUGAGCUCUAGCCAAGAAUUUGAUGUGUUUGGGGCUGUGCCCUUCUUUGUUCUUCAACCUCAGCCACAAACAAGAGCAAAGAGUGACAAAGAUGUCUCUCCGCAGACUGCUUUUCCUUGCCUGAACCAAGAGCAGGAUGACUUUGAUGUUUUCACAAAAGCCCCGUUCAGCAAAAAGGUGGCUCAGCAAGAUGGCCAGGUGGUAGGAGCUGAGACUCGAAUCUCUCCUGCCUCUCCACGGAGUGUAGAUAUUUUUGGCUGCACUCCAUUUCAGCCUCCCCUUCUCCCAAAGACUGCUGGGAGUAAAGAGGACCUGUUUGGGCUCAUCCCUUUUGAAGAGAUCACAGGGAGUCAGCAGCAGCAAAAGGUGAAACAACAGCGUAACCUGCAGAAGCUUUCCUCCCGGCAAAGGCGCAUGAAACAGGAAGCGUCCAAGAACAACGGCAAGCGCCACCAUGGCACCCCGACCACCACAAAGAAGGCUUUGAAACCAAGCUACCGCACCCCGGAGAGAGCCCGCAGGCACAAGAAGGCGGGCCGCAGGGACUCACAGAGCAGCAACGAGUUCCUGACUAUCUCGGACUCCAAAGAGAACAUAAGUGUUUCGUUGACUGACGGCAAAGAUCGAACCAACCCUCUGCAGACGGACGAGAGUCUGCUAGAUCCUUUUGGAGCCAAACCCUUCCACCCGCCAGACUUGAUGCGGCAUCCUCAGCUUCAAGGGUUUGGUGACAGCCGUGGGGACCAUGGCACAGUAGUAGUGGCUGGUAGACCUAGGCAGAGCUCCUUGCAUGGGGCCAUUCACGGUGGUGAUGGGCUCAAAACAGAUGACUUUGGUGCGGUGCCCUUCACAGAACUGGUCGUGCAGAGUGCCCAGACCCAGCAGCAACAGGCAUUAGAGUUGGAUCCCUUUGGAGCAGCUCCGUUUCCUUCCAAGCAGUAAAUGCUUCCGGUGGGGUUUCCCUCCCCCUUACCCAUCUCUCCGGGUUACUUAAUAGAGGUUAUAACUAGUGGGAUAAACUGUCUGGUUGAAUUGACAGGGAGUUGGGUCGUACAGUUUACUCAAAGAGGGCAUGGCCAGCUUGCACUGUGAAAAACAGAAUCAUGGCGUAUUUUGCUGAUCUGGAGAAAAACAAAGACAGGAUCAUCAUUUUGAUGCGAGAGGUAUCUGAUACGAAUCAUUGUCUGUCGCUGACUUUGCAGCCCUGGAGCACGUUGUCAUCCUGCACUUCCGUGUUGUCUUCUCAGUCCUGUGUGACGUGCAGAGACGGGGGGCUGAGGAUAGGCAGAAGUUGCAUGAAAAAGGCUUUUCAUACAUGCAAGUGGGCUAAAGAUAUUGAAACGGUUCGUGGUGUCUCAGCGGUCUAAGAACCCAAACGUACUAAUAUCCAGAUUAAUCUGCUGGAAAUUGUUGAGUCUUCGCUUCCUAGAUGAAAGCUGUCUUCAUUAAUCAUAAAAUAAAGAAGCCGAGUCCUCCCCGAAGGGACUGUGGCUCGGAAUUCCAGAGCACAGCUAUGGCUUGGGACCUGGUAGACGUCUAUGCAGCUGCAGAGAUGAAAGGAGGAUUAUUGUUUUUGUGUGCCUAAAUGUCCAAUGUCACUAUUACUUUUUUUUUUUAAUGGUAAGUGCCAUUAAUGUAAAAUAGCAGACUGGAAAUCUAGAGUCAAAACUGAAGAUCCAGAGAAUAUAAUGGUUGUGAGAUAAAAAGCAUGUAUGUGGGAAAGGAAACCGGCAGGGAUGCAGCCAGUGUUCGCAGCACUUUGAAGACUACUCAGUACACUGGGGAAGAGAGGCUGGUUUCCAUGACUAAAACGUCUGGCAGAGAUGGAGUGUUUCAGAUUACUCGGACAGUUGACUGUGAAAUGCAACCAUCAAUUUUAUUUGAUUAUGAAUUGGGGUUUGUGUCUGAAAAUACCUUUUCUUUUCCUCUUGGAUUUUUAUUGCAAAGAAAAUGUGUAUUCUUUCAAAACUUGUUUUUUAAAACAAUAAUAAUUUUAUGAAAUGAUUGUAACCUAAUGUUCUUUAAGGUUGUAAUGAAUCUAUUACUGUACUUAAGUCUAUUUUAUAGAAAGUUUUGCUAAAUGCACUGAGCUUUGAAGCAACUUCACUCUGAAACUGGAUUUAGUCAGAGGAGAAGUGUUAAGCAGCAGGUAGUUUGCAGAUGCUGAUCGCUACUGUACCAUGAAACUGCAUUUCACACCGCAAAGCCUUACAGGCAGGACCCCUGUCCUGCUGCAGAGUACCUCUGAGACAUUAGGUGCACGAGACAUGGCUAAACACUUGGGAGCACGCGGUGCCGGUAGAUAGAAGAUGGGAAAGUGAUGUAAUGAGACUUGCUGAAAACAAGGUUUAAUUACUUUGUUACAAAAGCACGCUCUGCCCAUAGGUGGGCCGGCCUUUCCGUUGCCUCGCAGCUUGUGUCCAGCCGUUCGUACCUACGGCGGAGUCGCUAUGAAUCACAACAGUCCAAUUAGUCUACGUUUUGGUGGCAGUCCUGUGGAGGGAGUGGAAGGAGCUAGUUCCUCUGCUUAUCCCACCUUGAUAUCCCGCACUACUGAAUGCUGAUGAACAGAAAAGUGAAUGUUUAUAUAUGGAGACAGUUAAGUGUCCGUGGUUUUCCCCUCUCUCGUCCCCCCAUUCUACCGUAGGCAAAGUGAAAUACUGAGGGGUGUACAUUUUUUUCCAAGUCUACUUAAAAAAAAAAAAAAAAAAAAAAGUUGGUUACGGUCACCCACAGAUAUGCUGUGGGAAUAGGAGGUGGGGGUGGAUUCCUUAAAGUAUUUACAGAAAAAACACGUUAAACGUGUUAAAGAAAACCGCAUCACUUUCUGCUUUGGUGGUUUUGUUCAGUUGGUUUGAAAAAAUGCUGCCUCAGAUGCAUUUUGAGUUUUUCUUGUAAUCCUGAAUUUUGAAAGUAACACAUACAUAGCUGUGCACCCUCAUUACUCCCUCCCUUCUGACAAGGUGAAGUUGAAAUACUAGAGCUCUACUUGGUUAAAUUUGCCUUUUUCAGGGUUAGAAGUUAAACUUUUAAGAGUUUGUGAUAGAAAUGUUUCAACUCUCUUUGCACAUGAGUUUCUUAGGCUUUAUUACUACUGUUCUGACCUGUUUUUUGUGCCAAAGGCUGUAAGAAGCGCACGCCAAGUUUGUAGCAUUUUACGAUACUCAGGUUAACUGUGAUUUAUACUUUUCUAUGCGUGCUUACUAGCUGCCUUCAUACAGUUUCCUUCUGAAAUUUUACUUACCUGCCUAAUGAAUUAUUGGAACAGAGUAUUGCGGAAAAGUGGGACAGUUGGGUGGCAACAAAAUGAGACUAAAACGGACAAUUGACCCUGAGUCUUAAGUGGGGCUGGUAAGUCUUCACUGAAGCCCUGCAGCUGUUGCUUUCCCUGGAGUAAAAGGAACUAAAAGGUUUGCGCAGCCGUUCAGCGAGAGGUGCGGGUUUAACAGCACCUACGAGGAGCGGGUCUCCUCUCCCCUGCCUGAAAGGAGAGGAGGUUUGCUGUUUGGUGCUAAAGAAACGUGCAUCAACGGUGGUUUAGGGCUUGAGACUUACCACGCUCAUAAAUCUUGAGGUAAAUCAAGAACAGAAGGAAUGACGUUGUUGUCACUGCAGGUGGGAGAUGUUUUUCUCCAUUUCCCCUGAGACCUCAGGCUGAGGGGAAGUUUUUUCCUUGUGCGUAGUUUUUUGGCAGGAGGUUCUUAGGGGAUUUUACUGCGGCACAGGUGAGAUUAGGUUAUAUGCAGCAACUAACAGAAGAAAUAGAAGCAAACCAUAGAGCCAAGUUAGCCUAGAACUGGCAUGAUGCCUCUGGCUGCUUAUUAGUUAUGGCCAAUGGCAUUUGCUUCCUAAUGGCCUUAAUGAACUUUGCCCUACGUAUUCCCGCUAUGAAACAGGUUUUUGCGAAAACUUCUUGGUUUUAGAGUUAGGAUUAUUUUAUGCUCUUUUUGUGACUGAAGAGAUUAGCAUGCCUCACUAAGUUAACUUUGCAUGGUAGAUUUGGUUUGCAGCUUGACUUCGAUUUCAGCUCAGAUGUACUACUAGUCAACAGAGACAACGCGUGGUACUGCUGGGGAAUGUGAUACCGUUUUGCCUGUAUUCAGCGUGCGUGUGUGCGUGCGUGCGUGCACUUUCCACCUGAACUGAAAUACUGGAGAGACCUUGCUGCAUUAGAGGUGUGUCGUACUGCCUGUGAAGACAACGAUGGCAAGGUAAGGAAUUGACGUUUCCCUUCCCACAGAGAAUAUCAAUUGAUUUUAGAGUUUUUCACUUCGUAUGGUAAAGGCCGGAACCACCGACCUCUCAAUCAGCUGCCUAAGAGAUUCUGUCAGAAGGUACUAAGAAGCCUUAAUGGUUGAGGUCGUUAAAAGGAAUAAAGAUGUCUUGUCUCUCUGCCGACUCUCAAAAUAAUAGCCGUGAUGCGCGUGAUUUCUUUUGCUUACUUGCGAAAUGUGGGGCCCGUGAAUACCAGCUUUCAAAGAAAUACCUUUUAAUCAUCCUGGGUGUCCCAAUUAGUAAAAACAAAGUAUCUACUGUGAAAAUAAGUUGAUAUAUUUGCUACUGUGAGAAAAAAGAGUAUCUGGAGAUUUUUAUACUCUAUGGUGUAUUUUUAUAUAUAAAAAUUAUAUAUAAUAUACACAUGCUCGCACACAUCAUGUAUCUCUUGGAGUUACUGUGUUUUCAGUAACAUUGCAGCCACAAUCAUUUUCACAUGACUGAAAGAGUGAAUAUGAAAGAAAGCUGCGAAAGGAGCAAGAGGGAAAAGUGCAAAGGGUGGCUGCUUGGUUACAUUUUUGCUGUGCUUUCGAAAGGAAGAUCGAGGAAGUUGGGUGUAUAGCUAAGUUUGUGACUACGGCAUCACUUAAUACUAAACUAUUUAAAAAUUGCUGGCAAACAGCUUUUAAGUGCACUUUCCUGAACUGUACUUUCACGUCUUGUUAGACUUCAAGUUUCUAAAGCUUUUUUUGUGUACCACUAAACAGAACUUUAACUUUUAUGUGAAAUUGAUGUAAGUCAUAAAAUAUGUGCGGUUGUUAAAUAAACAAACUUGAUACAGUGA